AGCAGAAACCUAUGAUCGCGGGGUGGUAGGGAUAAGACAGAAGCGCCAACUUGAUGAAUGAAAAAAAACGAAAACGAGAACAUUUUUUAUUAUUAUCAUUAUGUCGACGCGCUCCGUUUACUUCCCUGAAGUCCUUGACACGACGUUAUCCAUAAAUAGCAAUGUGCAGUCGUGUAAUCGUGAUUCUACGGUGUUAGUGUGCGUGUACGAACUACGAGUGUGGAGUGGUACUAUAUUACGACGCCCGUGAGUCGUGACUCCUUCCUGUGGUAGCAAUAGUUGUAGGUAGUCGGUUUCCGGAACGUUCUAAUUUCAGCGCGUGGGAGUACCUGUAUAAUAUAACGCCUACAGCUUACUGAACAUGAAGUCACCACAAGCAGUUGCUACAGCGGACGAAUAACAACUACAUCAGAUCUCGAUGCCUGGCGUAACCAUGUCAUUCAGUAAUAUGUCGUGCUCCCGCUGCGGGGACGGCUUCGACCCUCACGACAAAAUUGUCAACUCGCAGGGUGAGUUGUGGCAUCCGCAGUGUUUUGUAUGCUCUCAGUGUUUCCGGCCAUUCCCUGAUGGUCUGUUCUACGAGUUUGAAGGUCGCAAAUACUGCGAACAUGACUUUCAAGUACUGUUUGCACCCUGCUGCGGCAAAUGCGGUGAAUUCGUCAUUGGCCGUGUCAUCAAGGCGAUGUCUGCUUCUUGGCAUCCGGCUUGCUUCUGCUGCGCAGUGUGCAACAAAGAACUAGCUGACCGUGGUUUUGUUCGCAACCGUAAUAGAGCUCUAUGUCACGAAUGUAAUGCUGCAGACAAAGCGGUUUUGUCUGGUAGACACAUAUGUUUCAAGUGCCAUGGUGUUAUCGAUGAUAAACCAUUACGGUUCAGAGGUGAGGUCUAUCACGGGUAUCAUUUCAAUUGCACAGCUUGUGGAGUCGAACUUAAUUCAGAUGCUCGUGAAUUGAAACAUAGAUCUGGUUAUACAGCUAAUGAAAUGAAUGAAUUGUACUGUUUGCGAUGUCAUGACAAGAUGGGUAUUCCAAUUUGUGGUGCAUGUCGGCGACCCAUUGAAGAACGUGUUGUAACAGCACUAGGAAAACAUUGGCAUGUAGAACAUUUUGUUUGUGCAAAGUGUGAAAAACCGUUUUUGGGUCAUAGGCAUUAUGAAAGAAAAGGUCUAGCUUACUGUGAAACUCAUUAUCAUCAACUAUUUGGUAACUUAUGCUUUGUAUGCAAUCAAGUAAUUGGUGGUGAUGUGUUUACUGCUUUGAACAAAGCUUGGUGUGUGCAUCACUUUGCAUGUUCAUUCUGUGAUCAAAAAAUGACACAAAAGACAAAAUUCUAUGAAUGUGACUUAAAACCAGCAUGUAAGAAGUGCUAUGAAAAGUUUCCAUCAGAAUUCAGGCGUAGAUUACGCAAAGCAUAUGAUAAUACACCUAAAAAAUCGACAUCUGCUUGAAAUUUCCCACAACUUUUAUAAGUUAUUACAGUAUUUUUAACGGUAACAUAAUAAAUUUAGAAAUUAAAAUAUUAACCAAUGACAAUCACAAAUUCUAAUUAAUUAGCAACUUUGCUAUACAAUUUAUAAUGAUUUAUUGUUAUAGUCAUGUUUGGCAUUAAAUCGCGCUACCUGCAUAAGCUUGGUGUUUUAUAAACAAUCUGUUAAUGCCCACAUUAACUUGAAUUUAGAUAAUUAUUUUUAUACACAUACCUAUAUUAUUUUUAUUAAAUAUUUGAUGAUUUUUUUAUUAAAAAAAAGAAUUAUUAAUAAAUUCAUAUUUUACAUAUUAGAUAUUUUCUGUUUCAUCAUAAUUGACAUAAUCAUAAUUCUAUUUUGAUGUAAUGAUUAAUUUAUUAAUUUUAUAGUAAUAUAAAUUUAUUUUAUUAUAGACUAA